AUGAAACAUGAUUCCUCUGGGCAACAAUUAUUCAAUCAUCUAGUACACAAUGAAUUAGUAGAGUGGCUUAUUUCUCUCUACUCGGAAAACAACAAUAUAACAACAAGAAAUCAAGUCUCCGAUUGGAACAAAUCAUUUGCUAAAUUCAAUUUGUUAUUUCCCUCCUCUCAACAAGCCUUGUCAGAGCAAGAGUGUAUUCUCGAUAUAAUAUUAAAUUAUAAUUUAAUUAAUAAUGAUAGAGUUUCAAUUGAAUCAUCAUCAUUACAAGCGAAUAAUUGUCUAUCAUUUCAUUUGAAUUUAUUAUUCAAUCCAUUGAUGGCUAUGAAAAUUAAUGAUGGAAUGUGUUUACAUGAUUUUAGAGCAACUUUUUCAUAUCCCAAUAUUAGACAGUAUAACUUUCCGAAAAUUAUCAGUUUGUUGGUGGAUGAUGUUGAUUUGUUGAGUGGUUCAACAAGCGAUUCAGUUUUAAAUUUAUUCACCACUCAACAGUCACUUCCUGAAUGUAUUGAAACUGUAUUCAAUAUUUGGAAUGAACAGAGAGAAAAUAGGAAAACGACCUACUCUUCAUAUAGUUGGGCACCAUUGGAGAGGAAGAUUAAUAUUCUAAUGAGUAAUGGAGAUGAAGAUGAGAGAACAUUGUCUAUUCCUGAACCUCCAAUGAUAAUGGAGGAUAAUACUGAUUCAUUGAGGGAGAAAAGUUGGAGAAUACGUAAAUUGGAGAAUGGUGACAUUGAUUGCUUUCUUUCUAGUGACGAGUCAAUAAUGCAAGUUGAUUAUUUCUGUAAACUGCUAGAAAAACAUAUUCCAAAUUUGGAUAGUAAUGCUAUUCAACAGUCAUUAUUAACUGAUUCAGUUUAUAAGAAUUCAAAAUUUGAGGAAUGGAUGGUACAAAUACGCGAUAACAUUCCAUACACUAACAAUGAUUCUGAUUGGUUUUCUCUAAUGACUUGUUUGGUGAGCUAUUGUUUUGGGGAGUGUACUGAUUUGUUUAAGGAUUUACUCAGGCAAUUGGAUUAUUUUAGAGAUAGAAUAUUUCGUUCUAGUGAGGAUGAAAUAUCAAUUAGAGAGAUUACUCCUGAAAUAGUUGACUCGGUUUUUACGCCUGAAGAGAAAGAAAAUCUAGAGUCACUGUUGGUGAAGAUGGAUAAUAUUUUGAAAUCAAAUAGUAUUGGAAAAUGCCCUAUCAACUUGACAAAUUGGAUGACAAUAGCCCUCCUUUAUGAUCUUUACAGAGCUGAGCAAACUAGUUUUAUGAAAGUUGGAUUGUUGGAUCGUGUUUUCGAAUCUCUUCAGACUAAGGUACCAUCUAUUACCGACCAGGUGCCUUUUACAUUUUCUCCAACGUUUAUUAUUAUUCUACUAGCAACCAGAUCCCAUUCCAAUCAUUGUAAUAUUACCGCACCAACAAUAGUAUCAGAAAUAUCAAGGAAUAUUUCACUAUCACCAGAAUAUUAUUCUAUUUUGAAAGAAUGUAAAAGUGGUAGUGGUGAUUUAUUCAUUAGAGGAGCAAAGUUGGAUUACUUACUUUGUCAUAUUAUUGAUAACUGUUCUGGAGAUUCACAUUUGGAGCUCAAUAGGAAAGGAAUUCAAGCUAUCAUUCAAAAUAUGUAUCAUAAGAGUGUUGAGGAAAUUUUACGUGAAAAUGUUGGUAGAGAUGAGAAUUUUGACUUUUUAUGCAGUCUUUCAAUACUUAUCGUGAGGAUAGGUUACACAUGA